AUGAGAGACAACAACAACACAAGAGAAGAAGAGAGAUUAAAGGAGCAACCACAAGCUCCUAAGUCUUUGAAGCUCAUAGAUUCAUGUCUCAGGCUAACUGUGGUUCCUCUCAGUGUUGCGACCAUUUGGCUAACUGUCACUAACCAACAAUCCAACCCUGACUAUGGCAAAUUAGACUACAACUCUAUCAUGGGUCUCAAGUAUAUGGUUGGUGUUAGUGCCAUAUCCGCUAUUUAUGCUCUGCUCUCUACCAUUUCUUCAUGGGUCACAUGUUUAGUCUCCAAAACAUGGCUCUUGUUUGUCCCUGACCAGGUUUUAGCUUAUUUGAUGACAACAUCAGUAGCGGGAGCAACAGAGAUAGUGUAUCUACUUAACAAAGGAGAUACGAUAGUGACAUGGAGUGAAAUGUGUUCUUCUUAUCCACACUUUUGUUCAAAGCUCACAAUUGCUUUGGUGCUUCAUGUUUUUGUUCUCUUCUCUUUCCUUUUUCUUUCUGUCAUUUCUGCUUAUAGAGCUUUUAGUCCCUUUGAUCCUCCUUGUAAUUCGCAAACCACUACUACUGCUUGA